UAUUCUGAAAACCUUCCCGGUAGCCUCCUUGUUGUUCCUCAGGCCAGCGGAGCCAGAAGAAGACGCUGUCAGUUAGCAUUAGCAUUAGCAUUACCCGCAGUUAGCUGAUCUCUGGACUCGAAUCUGCGGAUUAACGUUCACGCAUCAACGCUGCCGUGUGAUGCAGCAUCAUGUCUCUGCAGGCCGUGCUGCAGCAGAGGAUCAGCUCUGCUCAGGUGUUGCUGCAGCGGGCGGAGCUUCUCUGUCAAGGCGUGGAGGGUCACCAGAAGCUUUUCGGUAAACUGCGAGCCGAGCUGCGUUUCCUACGGCGGGUGGAGGCCGGAGAGCUGCAGGUUAAAGAGUCUCACCUGCACAGCACCAAUCUGACUCACCUGACCGCCAUUGUGGAGUCUGUGGAGAGUCUGGAGGGCGUGGUCGCUCUGCUGCACGUCUUCACCUACCAGGACGACGCCAGCUGCAGGCACACGCUGGUGGUGGACGUGGUGGCUAACGGCGGGCACACCUGGGUGAAGGCGGUGGGCAGGAAGGCGGAGGCGCUGCACAACAUCUGGCAGGGGCGGGGCCAAUACGGAGACAAGAGCAUCAUCAAGCAGGCCGAAGACUUCCUGCAGGCCAGCCACCAGCAGCCCGUCCAGUACCGACACCCACACAUCGUCUUCGCCUUCUACAACGGCGUCUCCUGCCCCAUGGCCGACCACCUCAGGGAAAUGGGUGUUGCGGUGCGCGGGGACAUCGUUGCCGUCAAUGCCGUAAUGGAGGAGGAGGAAGAAAAAGAAGAGGAGGAAGAAGAAGAGCAGGCUGAAGAUAACGAUGACAAGGAGGAGUCUGAGCUCACCCGGGUUGACCGCGACACGGUGGUGGCCAGCCUGGCGUUCCCUGCUCAGGUGCAGGUGGAAGAGUGUCGGUGCGUGAACCUGGACAUCACCACGCUCAUCACGUACGUGUCAGCGCUGAGUCACGGCCGCUGUCACUUCGCCUUCAGGGAGCCGGUGCUGACGGAGCAGGCAUCCCAGGAGCGCCGCCUGCAGGUGCUGCCGCAGCUCGACACCUUCAUGCAGGGCAAGGAGCUGUAUGCCUGCGCCGCUGCGGUAGCCGACUUCCAGCUAAUCCUGGACACGCUGGGGGGGCCGGGCGAGAAGGAGCGCGCACAGAAGCUGCUCACUCGCCUACAGCUGGUGGACGACCGGCCUUCGGAGCGCACGCUGAGCCUGACGCACAGCGCCAAGGUCAACCGCCGCUCACUCAUGAUCUUCGGCACCGGAGACUCACUGAGAGCCGUCACCAUGACGGCAAAUAGCCGAUUCGUCAGGGCAGCGGCCAACCAGGGCGUCCGAUACAGCGUGUUCAUCCACCAACCGAGAGCGCUGACGGAGGGCAAGGAGUGGAGGGCCACGCCCCUCUGAGCAAGGGGCUGAUGGGAGUAAACGGGUGUAGUCAAAUCAAGUUUCUGAGUUUAUGUAAAUAUAUAAUGUGAUCAGCAAUAAAGCAUCACAGUCAC